CGUUGUAGUCGUGGAGCAGAGGCUAUUCAAUGAGAAGGAGGUCGCCUGCGUGGGGUGAGCCCGGGAUGCCGGCCUGACAGAGGCGGUGCGGGGCAGCCCGGUUGCCUUGGCGCCGGGGUCUUGUCUGUCUGAGCAGCAGGACAUGGCGGAUUUCGACAGUUACGAUGAGCGGCAGCAGCAAUACAGCAGCUUCGGGGGAGGCCGGGGAAGAUCUCGAGUAAGUGGUCCCAGAAAACAGAAGGAAUUACCAACAGAACCCCCAUAUACAGCUUAUAUAGGAAAUCUACCUUUCAAUACUGUGCAAGGAGAUAUUGAUGCCAUUUUUAAAGAAUUGAAUGUGAUGAGUGUUCGACUAGUCAGAGACAAAGAGACAGACAAAUUUAAAGGCUUCUGCUAUGUAGAAUUUCACGACCUGGAAUCUCUUAAAGAAGCCUUGACGUAUGACGGUGCUCUUCUUGGCGAUCGGUCUCUUCGGGUUGAUAUAGCGAGGGAAGGCAGAAAACAAGAGAAGAGUGGAUUUGGCUUCAGGAGAUCAGAAGAGAAAGGAGGUUUCAGAGAUGAGGACUACAGUGAUCGCUCGAUGGGUGGAUUUGGAGGAACCAAAGUCAGAGGUGGUCGCCCCGCGGAUAGGCAAGGAGGUGGAGGUCGCUUCAGAGAAGGACUUCCUCGUGGUUCUGGUAUGGAGUUCAGAGAGGCAACAGAAGAGGAGAGGGCACAAAGACCCAGGCUACAACUUAAACCACGCACAGUAGCUGCUCCCCUCAACCAAGUCGCCAAUCCAAAUUCAGCCAUAUUUGGUGGAGCCAGGCCUCGGGAGGAAAAAUCUGGGCAGGAGGGACCUUAGCAAGGCCGGACUUUGUGGAAAGUAGGCACAGCAGCUUCCAUUCCUAACAUUCCAUGGAUUUCCUUUUGUCUUCUCUUCCACUUGUCCGCACAUCACUGACUUUGGUUUUAAAAACAAACCCGCCAGCUUAUCUGUAGUUUAACACCUGCCUCGUACCAACUUUCUGCUUUGAACAAUUUGCUUUCUGUUAAUGGCAGUUGCUCCAUCUAAAAAAAAGGAGCUUGAAAUAGAUUUUCUGAAGGUACGUGCAAAUGUUGCUGUCUUGAGUUUCUGAAGACCAGAAACACCACUGGUUCAUAAGAACAAUGUUGUACCAUCAGCUCUCAUCAACUAACUUUGUCCAAACUGCUUGUAAUGGUCUCAGAUAAAUCUGUGCCUACACAUAUGUUUCGUUUAUAUAUUAUUUACAUAAGUAUACAGUAAACACAUUUAUAUUAUAAAUACACAUUUUAUAUGUUUGGGGAUUUUGGAUAUUGCGGAGAGAUUUGAUUUGAAAGGCACUCGGGACUCUGCAUGGUUAAAUAUACAGCAAGAUAGGGCACAACUUGCAUGCAAAGACAUCAAGAAGCACAUCCAGUGUCAUUUUUUCAGGGGCCAGUUCCUUUUGAAGACUCACUCACAGUUCUUGACUACUCAAGGUUUCAAGAUGUGUUUAUGUACCCAUGUACUCUCCGCUCGGGUUCCGUUCAGCAGGCAAAUGACAAUUAAAAAGUGUGCUUUUUAGCACACUGUGUGGCCUUUUGUUGUCCCGUAAGUGAAUCCCAUUUAUCGAUUAACCCAGAAGAGCAUACAUCCAACAGAUAUCAUAAUGAACAGUAUCUUUGGAAUGCUGGAGGUUAUGAGUUUCACAGAACAUGGAAAACCACCCUAAAUUAUUGAUGGUCUCAUAGGUAACUUCACAAUU